GCACCCCCUAGCGUGCAAAAUCCGAAACCUUCCUUUUGUCUCCUUCAAUCCAAUAUGGCGGUAAACGAUGUAUGAAAGGUGCAGAAUGUUAUGAUUUGAAACGAAUAAUAAAAAUAGUAAAAUAGCAACGAAACCCGUGAAAUAAGCGCUUCGACCGGUGUGUUAACGACAAAACAAUGUUAAUAAUACAAACGGAUCAAUAUUCAGUGACGUGUGUGUGAAAAAACGUGUUAUUUAUAUUUGUGAAAUAUUAUUUUUCUGUGUGGGUUUUCGCUAAUGCAUCACGGUGUAUUGCUAUGUGACAGAAAACGUAGAUAUGUCUACUGAUGCUGAUAAGGAAACGGCAUGUCCGAGUGUUAGUGCAAAUCAGAGUGGCGGGGACGGGUCGACGGAGGAAGCGAGCAAAAAGAAGAAAUCCUCUCGAAAAGUCUGCUUCCCUGACGAGGAACACCUUGUCACUCAGUAUUUCGAGCCUGCGAACCCUUGGCACAAUGUGCCGGCGACGACGCGGGCGCAGCUGGCGGCGGACUACCUCGAGUCGUGUCGGCGGCACAACACGCCCGCCAUCGACUCCGUGCUGCUGCAGAUACGGGAACUGCCGGAAGGCGUGAUAGGCGGAGGCAUGCGAGCGCCGCGCCUCACGCUCUCCUGCUGUUCUCUUCUCGGCUCAGCUCCGUGCGAUGCUCUAGAAGCAGUGCUACAUCGCGCGCAGUUCCGCCGUCUAGAGCUAGAGUGUGAUAUCGACGAUGAGGGUGCGGAGGCGCUGUUUGACAUGAUCGAGUACUAUGAGAGCGCCACGACGGUAGCCAUCUCCGGGCCGCGGCACUUCGGCAUCCGGGGCUGGCAGGCGGCUUCUAGAAUGAUCAAGAAGAGCGCAGAGCUGUCGGAGUUGGAAGUGUCGGACGGGCCGAUAGAGGCGUCGCACGCGCCGGUGCUGGCGCGCGCGCUGCGGCCCGCCGCGUGCCGCCUGCGCGCGCUCUGCCUGCAGCGCGCCGCGCUCGCCGGCGAGGCGCUGCUGUGCCUCGUAAUAGCGUUAAAAUGCAACCGGUCCGUCCGAGAGCUGCGGCUGUGCGACAACCGGCUGACGGGCGCCGACGCCGCGCAGAUAGCCGCGCUGCUCAAGAUCAACUCCCGGAUACAGCUCCUCGAUCUCUCCAACAACCAAAUACAGGACGCGGGCGUGGGUCACAUAGCGGACGCGCUGGUCGAGCAGUCCACACAGUCCCCGCCCUCCGCCACCAGCUCGCCCAUGUCACCACACACGUGCCCUAUGAUGGGCGGCGGGCACGAGGCGCGCGGGCUGGCGUUCCUGGUGCUGUGGAACAACCAGCUCACCCGCAACGCGGCGCACCACCUCGCCAGGAUGGUGCGUGCGUCCAAGUCCCUGUGCGUGCUGAACGUGGGGCGCAACGCCAUCGGCGCGGCCGGCGUGCGCGUGGCGGGCGCGGGCGCGCUGCUCUCGCUCGGGCUGCAGGGCGCCAGGAUCCUGGCCGACGCCGCGCCGCUGCUGCAGCAGGCGCUCGCGCAGGACACGCAUCUGCAGAGAAUAGACCUGCGCGACAACAGACUGGGUGCUGAGGGGCUGCAGGCGAUCCUCGCCGCCAUGGAGACCAACACCACCCUCACUCAGGUCGACCUGGACGACCCCGUGGAGACGUCAUCCCCUAGCGAGGAGCUGGUGGCGCGGCUGACACGUGAGGUGCGCGCCCUCUGUCGGCGCAAUGAACCCGCCGCAGCUAGCCCCGAGCGACGCGUCACCAGGAAGAUCAGCCUCACCUGCCACACGCACUGUCUACAUCGGAGCCUGGCGGCCGAGGAGCCCCGCGCGGGGCGGGAGGGGCGGGAGGGGCGGCUGCGCUCCCCCGCGCCCUCCCCCGCCGGCUCCCCCACCCCCGCCAUGCACCCCUCGCGCUUCUCCGUGACGCGGGUAACGCCGGAGCGCUCGCCGACCGACACGGCGGCCCUACGCUCGCCCUACUCCACCCCUUCUAGGUUCAAAGUCGUGCAGGUAGCAGAGCCGCCACAAAUCCAAGUACAGUCCGCCACGCCGGAGCAACCGACCCUGCGGUCCUCCCGCUUCUCCGUCACGCGCAACAUGGACACCAUGUACAACCCCUCCGCGCCCUCCCCCCCGCCCACGCCUAUGACCACCAAGCACAAGCCCAACAGUGGGCACACAGACUGUACCAAUGAUAUAACGAAAGUGACAGACGGUGAACCUGUAAUAGUUAAAAACACUAGUGCGAAAGAGAGUGAUGAAAUAACAAUAACUAAAGUGACAGACAAUGUUAAUGAAACUGUAAUUAAAAACACUAGUGCGAAAGAGAGUUAUAAAGAAGUAACAAUAAAUAAAGUGACAGACAAUGUUAAUGAAACUGUAAUCAUUAAAGACACUAGUGUGAAUGACAGUGAAAAAGAGGAUGUUAAAACUGAAAAGACAAAAAGUGAUAAAACGAGUGAUGAAACUGUUGUUAAUAGAUUAAAUAGUGUUACGGUUAGUGAUAGUGAGUUGGAGAACGUUUUCCACGAUAAGACGGAGAGUCUGUCUCACGACGAGGCGGUUAGUGUAAUAGGUGAUAAUAAAAUAACUAAAACCGAGACGAAAUUAGUUAAAAAUAGCAAAGCGGUGAGUGAGAGUGAGAUGAUCGAUGUACAGGUGUCCGUUACGGUGAAGAAGGAGACGGUAGAUACGUCCAAAGCGCGCGACCAAAUCAAAGAGGAGAAAGUAGUCGAGAAACGUGACGAUGUCGCCAUGAAGCAGAUAGAAGCGAUUACGGAAGACCUCGGCAACCUUAUAGAAGAGAUGCGCGACAGAACCAAAACUGUUAAACCUGUUAAAGUGAGUGAUUGCACGCAAACUGAUAUAAAUAUAGAUAGCAAAUUAGAUACCUUUGACGAUGUACCUGUUAUUAAUCGAGAUAAUGUAGUUCUUAAGAAAAACAAAAGCGAAUCGAGCCUGGACAGCCCCGAUUUAGAAGUCUCCAGGCUUAUGAACAAAAAGUUGAUCGGGAGCCCGUUCUGCGAUAGCAGUUCCUCUUUGGAAAUAUCCGGAAGCUCCAUGGAGAGUUUGAACGCGAUAGAGCCGGCCAAACCUAUAAUCAUACAGGAAUCCGUCGAAUCAGAUUCAGAACUGGAUAGAAGAAAAACUGUGGUAUUCUCUACUGAGAGCAGUAUAGAAUCCACUAGUGAAGUUACUCCGGUCAACAGCGGGAACUUCUUAAACAUGUCUGUAAGCUCCAACGAGAGUGUAUCUCCGAUAAUAUUUGGGAAAAACAAGAAGAUACACGGAUCACUUUCCAGCCUAGAGGCUAGCGUGAGCUCCUUGGAGUCCAGACAGGAAAAAGUCAUGGUAACUUCAGCGGAUUCCGGUAUAGAGUAUUCCUUGCAAAAUCCAACAGAAAAUAAAGAGGAUAACUCGUCCAAUGAAGGCACUUUAACGAACAAUUCGAGUUUAAAAGAAACUGUAAAGAAAGAUGGUUUCCAACAUGAAACGCUCACCUGCUCCCCUAAAAGAACCUCUAGUUUGCUCGAUGUGCCCGCGCUGAAGACGAAAGGUUUGGACAGGAUGAGGAAAAUAUCGUGGGUCGCGCCUUCAGCCAGUUUCCAUAUACCGAAGGAGCCGGAAAAGGAAUCCAAAAUGCCGGGCCAUUUAGAAAAAUUACUAAGCCUCUUCCAACACCCCACCAGUAUAUUUUCUAGAAACUCUGAAGACGAGAAGAAAUCCGCUUCGAACACUCCUCCUAGAAAGGAUUCUUCUCUCACCAGCUCCUUCUGGUCCUGGGGCAGCGCCACAGAAAAGACAGAAGAGAGAGAAGAUGUAGAAAGUCUGUCGGAAGCCACAGAUUCGACUCUUUCGGAGAGAGUCCAAGUUUCUUUCGUGGAUGAAUCUUUCUCGAAGAAACUUGAUAGUAAAACGCCGUCGACGGACACGGAUAACACGCUGAGCGAGUUCCAGUCUUUGCAGCAAGGCAACUCAGAGGCGAGCGAGCCGGAGAUAGAAAAAGUUACCGAAAAAACCACCGAUGACAAUUUAGUACAAAAUUUAGGUUUAAGCUUAAAGUGUGACGUUAGCGCCAACGGCAACAGAGACGUGGCGAGAGCGCGUGAUAUACUAGAUCUCAGUAAACCCAACGACUUAAAUAAAAACUAUGAUACGAGUAAGCCAGACACCAACAAAAACGCCGGGGAGGAAUCUAAAGAAGAUAAAGAUAGAGAGACCAUCAGACCUAGGUCUUUCGCUGCGGUCUUAAAAGCGUCCGGCUCUGAGAACACUCCAGACAAGCAGAGUCCGGAAACCGGACAACCGGUUGACAAACUACCCAGCAAGGUUAUCCGGGGCAUCAAAGAAAAUAUAAGCCCUGAAAACACAUUGACUUCCACUAUGACUAAAGCGCUAGCUUUUGAACUGACGGAGAAACAGGUUAAAAGUCAACCAAUAGUAAAUACAGUUUGGGAAGUAACGUUAGACAAUGAUCCUAAGGUAGAAGAGAAAAAUCAAGAUUUAGCGCCCAUAGCUACUAUAGAGGAAACAUGUGACGAGACGAUAGAAAACGCGCAGUUAGAUUACAUUGACGAUAUCAAAUUUGAUGAUAAAAACACAUCGAGCGACAGCGGCGUCACAUUGGAGGGUGAGAAAAAAGAUUUGGAAAGUGUCGAUUUAGGUAAAGACGCGUUAUCGUACCUGAUUUAUGAAAACCAGGGGUUAGCUGUUGAAAAGUCUGAAGCUGAACCUAGCUUAGCUCAAGAAUUAAGAGACGCAGAAAUUAAGGAGCAACUCCUCGAUAUGUCACCAGAACUGAUUGUAGACGAAGCGAUUGAGCCAGAAGUGUUUAAAGACUUGAAGACGUCCCCGGUCAUCCCUGAGAGAGCGAAGCUUAAAAAAUCUAACUCAGCCGAAGACAUCUCGCAGUGCGAGGAGAGUCAGAAGAAAACCAUCGCUUUCAAAGUGCCUGAAGUAGUCUCGACGCCGAGGGAUAUACCAGAAAGGAGAACGAAAUUACGAUCGCGAAGCGGUUCCAGUCCAAAAUCUUUGCCGGAGAGCUUGAACAAGCCUUCACCGUUAACCAAAAUGGACUCGAUAUUGUUCAAGAAAAAGAAAAAGGUGUCGUCUCUAGGGAAAAUAGCUAGAGACUCCUUGCUAGCGUUAAACAUGAGCGAGGAAGAGAUAGCUGAGUUCAGACGGUCAUACAAGCUUACCUCGGUUGAAAGUUUGAGGUCUUUGGAGUCGGUGUCAGAAGAUGCGAACUCUCAGAGCGGGGCCUCGGUUGAUUCGAGAUGUAGGUCCUGUUUACGGACCUCUCAGGAGAGCCUCAUGUCUCUGGACUCCAUAAAUGAGGACUGCCGGUGCGGUGAUGAUGAAAAACAGAGCCAAUCUGGGAGAUAAUCGGGUACAGCAACACUUCUAACUGUACAUCGGUGGACCUUAUUAUUAAAGGCAUGGUCCGAUGUAUAUUUGACAGUGUGGGCGAUGGUACUUUAAAUCAGAGUUAUUGGGAGACUAUGGUUGAGUAUAUGUGACGUUUUCAACCAAAAGGUACCACAUUGUGGGUUGUCGAUUUCAAAUAAAAGCUGUUUAUAUGGAAAUAGCAUCUUAUUGACAAACGACAUUAAGUAUCCUUUUGGCAGAGAAUGCCACAUAUUGUGAAGGGCUUGCGACUUAUUGUCUCGCUCUUAAAUGUUUUUUUUGUUCAUCAUUUACAUUUAUUUAAGUACAAAUUAUAAUAAUCAAUGUUUUUGAUGCUUAUAUGCUAAUGCUUGUAAAUAGUUUUACAUUGGGAGGGAAUAAUAAGUCUCAUUACGCCCUGUUGUAAAAUAUUAAACUAAAGUUAUACAUAAUAAUGAUGUAUAUGCCAACGUCAUAUAUGUGUUAAAUAAACUCUACUCAAAAUAUACAUAGAUCUCCCAAGAUUCGAAGUGUAUUAAAUAUUAUGUACAGUGCGUUUGAAAUUUUAUAUAAAAAAAAAAAGAUUAUCCAUACUUAAAUAUAUGUACAGAUGGUAGAAGAUUAUAUGGCUCUGCACACUAAUAUU